AGGACGCUACGCCAUGUUGAAUUUUUCCUAUGUUUUGUACUAGUCAGCAAUAUGAAACUUAAACGAUUUUUACUGCGUUAUUACCCUCCAGGUAUAAUUCUUGAAUAUGAGCAGGGAGGACAUAUGAAAACAAAGUCUAUAGACCUUCUAGAUCUCAAACCAGAAACUGAUGUUGAUGCAGUGGUUGAUGAAAUAGCCAGAAAAGAAGCUCUCAUAACAGCUUCAAAAACAGACCAAGUCAGAAAACUUAUAGGCCGACUUCAAGAGAAGCUAGCCCUCAAAGAUGACCACCAUUUUUACCUGUUCAAAGUCUUACGAGCUCAUAUUCUUCCAUUAACAAACGUAGCAUUCAACAAAUCUGGUUCUAGUUUUAUCACCGGGAGCUAUGACCGCACAUGUAAAGUGUGGGACACGGCUUCUGGUGAAGAGCUUCACACCUUGGAAGGCCAUAGAAAUGUUGUGUACGCCAUCGCCUACAAUAAUCCAUAUGGAGAUAAAAUUGCCACUGGUUCAUUUGACAAGACAUGUAAACUAUGGAGUUUUGAGUCGGGAAAAUGUUACCACACUUUUAGGGGACACACUGCUGAAAUAGUCUGUUUGAGUUUCAACCCACCAAGCACAAUGAUAGCCACAGGCAGCAUGGACACGACAGCCAAACUGUGGGACAUCCAGACUGGGCAGGAGGUGGCGUCAUUGAAUGGCCACAGUGCAGAGAUUAUCUCACUGUCAUUCAAUUCCUCCGGCUCCCAGCUAAUCACGGGAUCCUUUGAUCACACAGUCAUGGUUUGGGACGUUAAUAGUGGAAAGCGAAUCCACACACUGAUAGGACACAAGGCGGAGAUCAGCAGUGCCCAGUUUAACUAUGACUGUUCACUUAUAGCCACCGGCUCCAUGGACAAGACCUGUAAAAUAUGGGAAACCAACCACGGAACAUGUAUCGGCACACUGCGGGGUCAUGAAGAUGAGGUGUUGGACGUAUCAUUUGACAUGACGGGCCAGUACCUGCUUACUGCUUCUGCUGACGGGACGGCCCGGUGUUAUAACGCCACCACACACACGCUCAUAUCCAAGUUUGAAGGGCAUGAAGGGGAGAUUUCAAAGAUAACAUUCAACCCCCAAGGGACUUCAGUACUGACAGCGAGUUCCGACAAGACGGCCCGAUUAUGGGAUCCAGAAAAUGGGGAAUGCAAACAGAUACUUGAGGGACAUACGGAUGAAAUAUUCAGCUGUGCUUUCAACUAUGAGGGGAACACCAUUAUUACUGGUAGUAAAGAUAACACCUGUCGAAUCUGGAGAUGAGGUUAAACAUUGUUACCUCCCUUAGUCUUAAAUUUUCCACUUGCAAUGGAACAGCGACGAGAGAUCUGAGAGGGACGAUUGAUGGUGUAUAUUCAUCUUUUGUUUCCAGUGUUGAACUUGUGUGACAUUUAUUAGCAAUGAAAUAAACAACUAUUAAAUAAUUUAUCAAAACGUUUAUAUUAAAAUAAUGAAUUGUCAAUAACAAUGAAAAUAUGACAUUUUCUGUUAUUACCAGAACACAAAUGUUUAAAAAAUUUGCAUUUUAAACUUUUUUCCCUUGGACCAAAAAUUAUUUGUUAUAAAACGUGUUCAGUGGGCAUUGUAUAAAACAUAUUGCUUCUUCAUGUUUCAUCAUUUUCUGACAUUGUGCUGGUGGAGAAGGCUUUCUAUGCUUUGUCAAGUAUUUUAGUUUCCAUCAAAAUACAAACAAUAAUUUGACUAUGCCUAAUAUUGUACAAUAUUUCUUUAAAUUUUGUCUGUAAUAGAAACAGCUUAUUUUGUUAAGACAACUCUUUUACAAAGGAUCAGGUUUUGUGUUAUACAUGUAAUGUUUGUUUAAUUUCAUAUUUCUGAUUAUUCAUUUGAAUAUUCAUUUGGAUUAUAAUCAAUUUAGUUUAUUAUAUUUAUUACUUAUUAUAUUUUAGAAUUUACUUUUUGGUUAUAUAUUUUUUUUUUCAAUAAAACAAUUAUACAUAUAAGUCAUUUCUGAAGCCUUUAUCAAAUUGAUUACAUACUUAAAUCAGAUUUCCAUCGCCCUCGAUAAUACCCGUGAUUAUUGUGUUCGUCCAGGAUAAUCAUAUGACUAGUAAAACACUCUAUUGGUUUAACAGUUAGGAGUAUUUAUAUCAUGGUUGUUCAGAGUCAUGUCAAUCGAGAUGAAUUGAACUGUUUGUACAUGAAUUGCAUUUGUUGCUUUUAAAAGUAUUAUUUACAUUUUCAAACAUUCCACAUUCAAUGUGAUACUGACCUAUGUCUAGUUUGCCGUCCAAUUAUAUUUCAAGAGUUUUACUGCUGUAUUUAAGGUUGUGCUUUUUGUUGUGAAUAUGUUAUAGAAUUCCAUUAUAUUUACAUACUGGUAUAUAUCUAUUUAUGCUGUUACAUUUUAAUACCAUGUGUAUAAAACAUCUUUUUUGUGAACAUGUUACAAGUGACUCAAUUUGCUUUGUCAAAAUGCUGACUUCUCUCAAAAUCAUGAUGAAAUGUUUAUUUAUUUAUUUAAUCGUAUGGAGUAUAGUCAGGCCAUUGAUUGUAUGGGGUAUAGUUGGGACAUUGAUUGUAUGGAGUACCGUAAACUUGGGCCAUUGAUCGUAUGGAGUAUAGAUCGGUCAUUGAUCAUAUGGAGCAUAGUCCGGUCAUUUUAUCAACCCUAGUACCAUAUGAUCGUGUUAUUUUAAAGAUAUUUCUGAGAACAGUCAAACCACACAAAGUUCCACCACUGAGAUUGUUUUAACGGAGGUCAAUUAUAUGUCUUAACAGCCAUCCCACACCACCAGCAGUUAUAAUAUUUAUUUCGAUACUUACAACUUUUUGUAGAUAAUUAAGGUAAAUUGUAUUUGAUUUUGCAAGUACCGGUAAAAAUUUUGAGAAACUUGCUUAAUAUAUUCAAUUGAAUUUCUUGAUCAUAUGAUAUUUUGUGCAAUUGUUGAUCAGAUGACUGCUUUGCCGUGAUAGUGUUUAAGUUUUUAAAUCAGUUGAUGGUAUUAUAUUAAUACAAUUUUUUCAUGUUCAUAUUAAAGAAAUAGUAGGCCAUGGCUUCAAUUUGUUGAACUGGUUUAAAAGUGGUGAGAAAAUUGUAUGUUGCAUUAGAACAAAUUUCAUGAGACAGGAUUAGAAUAACAUGUAUGUCUUUGUUUGCUAAGGCCAUUUCAAAUUAAAUUUAUGUCUAGCAUCCAGUACUUAUUUUAAAACCCAUUCCUGCUUGGCAGAAAACAAAACAAAGCAUCAUAGUAAAAACAGUUCAUUUUUUUAAACAAUAUUAUAUAUACAAAUUCCCACCCAAAACAUAUUGUAUACAUCUGCAGAUCAAUACAUAUAUACACAUGUAAAAAGUGGACUGCUUCCCAAGAAUUUAUUUUAUUUUUUUUGGAAACAAAUGGAUAUACAUCUGCAGGUUCAUUUCUUAGCAUAAUCAUUGUGGCAUGGCCUAUCAGUUAAUCAUUCCAACACUUCUUAACAUAGCUUGCUUUUGAUAAUGAUCGUCAAAACCAAGAUAACUACGUAUCAGGAAACAAGAUGAACCUACCAAGACGUAUUCAUUAAGUUAAUACUUUAAAAUAAAAGGAUGUGUGGUAUCUCAUAAUGAGAUUUCAAUACAACUAACUGGUCAGCUAUGAGCUCUAAGGCCACACUUAAUAAAUAGUUUGUUUGGUGUUAAUCCAUCCCACCCAUAAAAAUACCCCCACCUGAAAAAUGGGGGGAAGAUAGAUAUAUCCUUGUGCAUCCGUCAAUGUGUGAUUCGGUCGGAACAUGUGUCACUCAAAACUCCAUCUAUUUCACAUAGAGUCAAGAAACCUUGGUUGAAUGUUAUUUAGGUGAUGAAGAUUUGCUCCUGAGGUUUCAUUUUCUGCUGCACUUGGUGAAACCAGAGUUAUGGCCCUUGAAUGUUAUUUAAUUUUUCAAUUUUCCUUAUAGAACUAAUGUGAUUAGGAAGUAAAAAAACACACACACACACAAAAUCUACCUACCCACACCAUGAAAUGUUGGAAAGGCACUGCCAAACAAACUAUUAAUUUAAUUGUGGCCUUCCCAAGAUAUUUUUACGCUUUCAUGAUUUAUAAUGUACCCUGUGGCCUUCUUCCAAAUGUUGCUGAUGUCUUUUGUACUUAGUACUACUGGUUGUUCUCUGAGUAUUUUGUCUCGUGUAUUUAUUUCUUGAUUUGUAAUAAAAGUUUGUUCAAGCUGA